GUCCACACUUGUGAUGGUGGCAGGAGCUGCAAAGGCAAGAGGUCUUCACAUCGCAAAUGAACACUUCCAAAUAUUCCUACCCUCAACCAGUGAAGCAUCUCUCAUAUCCCCAGUGAUUACUGGGGAGUUUCUCUCUUCUGUCUUCCCACCGUAUGUCGCCCUUCAGCCAAUCUCUGUCUAUGUGGUCUGAAGAUUGGGGAAGACAUACAUGCAGUCUGCCAUGUGGGCCUGUUCAGGUAGAGAGAAUUGUGGCCAAGAGGAAAAAUAAAAAAGGCCGAACAGAAUACUUGGUCCGGUGGAAAGGUUACAACAGCGACGAUGACACAUGGGAACCAGAACAUCAUCUGGUGAACUGUGAGGAAUAUAUUCUGGAGUUUAACAGGCAGCACAGUGAUAAACAGAAAGAUGGACCUUUCUCCAGGGCAAACAAACACACUCUAAACAAUGCUCGAAAGCAGAUUUCCCGGUCGACCAACAGUUCUCUGUCAAAGUCUUCUCCCAGAUCCCCAGGAGUUGGUAAAGACUGUGAUUCAAAAGGCUCCAACCAGUUCUUAUCAAGUCACCAGAAAUAUCGAAAAACCAACUCUCAGACUUUCUCCAGUAGGAAGACGAUGGACCUUACUAAAUCUGGCAUCAAAAUCCUAAUCCCCAGGAGCCCACUAAAGAAUAGGAUAGUUGUUGAUGGUUUUCAGGAUACCUCAUCAGAUAGGUUAGAGCAAAUGACACACAAUCCUGACUCUGUAGCACCAGACUUGGCUAUUGAAAAGCCAUUUGGAGCUUUGCUUGUCCAUGGAGCAGAGAGAGCCAGAAUGGGAACCAGGCCAAGGACGCAACCAUUAUCACCCCAGAUGCAACUGCCAGUGACAGGAGCAACAGCCUCAGCGUUAUCAUUUAAUGGGAAAGGUACUCCUACUUUCUUGGAUGCUUUGGGAGCUAAUGGUACAGCCAAUAUUCAAAGUUCAGUAACAGGAGUUGCAGGACACAAAAGGAAAUUUAUUGAUGACAGACGGGACCAACCUUUUGAUAAGAGACUAAGAUUCAGUGUAAGACAAACAGAAAGUGCCUACCGAUAUCGGGAUAUUGUUGUCAGGAAACAAGACGGGUUUACGCACAUUUUACUUUCCACCAAGUCAUCAGAAAAUAAUUCCUUGAAUCCAGAGGUAAUGAAGGAAAUGCAAAGUGCCCUGAACACUGCAGCAGCUGAUGAUAGUAAAUUGGUUUUACUGAGUGCUGUAGGAAGUGUCUUUUGUUGUGGUCUUGAUUUUAUUUAUUUCAUUCGACGCUUAACAGAUGACCGAAAGAGGGAGAGUACAAAAAUGACUGAAUCCAUCAGGAGUUUUGUCAAUACAUUUAUUCAGUUUAAGAAACCAAUCAUAGUAGCUGUGAAUGGUCCUGCAAUUGGUCUUGGAGCCUCCAUAUUACCUCUUUGUGAUGUGGUGUGGGCUAAUGAGAAAGCAUGGUUUCAGACUCCCUAUACUACUUUCGGACAAACGCCGGAUGGAUGUUCAUCACUAACGUUUCCCAGAAUUAUGGGGUUAGCUUCGGCUAAUGAAAUGCUGUUCAGUGGACGAAAAUUGACUGCACAAGAAGCAUGUGCAAAAGGAUUGGUAUCGCAGGUUUUUUGGCCUGGAACAUUCAGUCAGGAGGUUAUGGUCCGAAUUAAGGAACUAGUCGCAUGUAAUUCCCUUGUACUUGAAGAAUCCAAAGCUCUUGUCAGAAAUGCCAUGAGGGGGGAUUUGGAGCAAACCAAUGAAAAUGAAUCUGAUGUGCUGAGGAAAAUCUGGAGCUCUUCUCAGGGGAUGGACUCUAUGCUGAAAUACCUACAGAAGAAAAUUGAUGAAUUCUGAAUACAUGCUUGUUCAUUGGAAAAUUCUUUCCUGCUGGGUUGUCCCUUUUUUGGGUUAUAAAUGUGAGAUGGGAGAAACUGUAGAAAGACAUUCUCGAGUCAUAUCUGCUCAGAAGCUGAGGAGCAAAGGCUGGAAAAUGGAAGCUGAAGAUCGCAACUAGAACUGUAUUGUCAUCAUCUCAAAUGAUGACAGGAAAGAAAGCUACAAGGAUAUAAUUGGUGUGCACUACCAAACUUUUCAGUUGUCUUUGUUUAUCCUGUAGCUUUUGUCAUUUGCAAUUACUGCACUGUACAUUACUAUGCUUUCCAAAUCCAAAUGCAUAUGUUUGUGACAGGAAAGUUUGGACAAACACUCAGCUUAAGAGGGGGAGGGGGAAAAAAGACGGGUAAUAACUAGCCUCCUUCUCACUGAUAGAGAAUAUGUAAGGCUGGUUUAAAUUUAAAAAUAAACACUCUCUGUUUUUAAAAGAAAGUGAAUGGUCAUGGGUAUCUAGGGUAUCUAGAGAGGAUUAUAAAUACCUCGACAAUAAAAAAGAUCAAAAGAAAAUUCUAAGUUCUGACAGUGGAUCUAAUGUCUAACAUAAAUCCUUAGACUCUUCUGAGGGAUAUCUAUAGACUUAUGUGUACAUGUUAAAUGUGCUCAGGAGCUGUGUGGUAAAUGUUUGACCCAGUUCUGGAACAUAUUAGUACAUUAUUAUCCAAUAAGCAUGAAGAAACCACUGGCUCUUUAAGAAAAACCUUGCCUUGCAGUAUUAGUGAUUCUUUGUGAAUCUUAUAUGAAAUAAACAAAGUUAAAGAUUAGUUUUAGUGUUUUUAAAGUGUAGGCUUUUUUUCUUUUUAAUCAACUAUAAACUUAUACUUCUGUUUCCGGGUGAGAGCGAUAAAUUAUAGAAAGAGCUUGUGUUUUCUUUGCUGUUUAAAAUUGAU